AUGUACAGCACUAUUACUAUGAUGAGGGGAAGGGCACUUGCCAGACAUUCACCUAUGGUGGUUGUCAAGGAAAUUCAACCAAUUUUGUUAGAAAGGAAGACAGUGAGAGCACGUGCAAAGCCAAACAGGUCUCAAUUAUUUGAAUCUGUCAAAGAUAAAAAUCCUGUAUGUUGGAUGCAAACUUCUAGCACAUAA